UAUUUCGAACAUUUUCUAUAUGAAGACGCAUAUGACAGUGUGUUCCUUUUUACCAAUUUCAAAUUUUCAAAAACACGUUCUCGAUCUUCACGCUGUGCCUUCGUCCAGCAAAAACCCAGAUCUGAAAUUUGAAGAUUCUUCUUCCAAUAAUACAAGCACACAAGUCUCACCUCCAAACCACUCAGUCUCCGAGACCCCAGAAUCGGUCUCUCUCUCUCUUUCUCUCUGAAACGCAGCCGUUUCAGCCAUGGCGGAGUACAGCAAGGUCGCGCCGACGCCGCUGCUGAAGGAUGAGCUGGACAUAGUGAUCCCGACGAUCCGAAACCUGGACUUCUUGGAAAUGUGGAGGCCCUUCUUCCAGCAGUACCACCUCAUCAUCGUCCAGGACGGCGACCCCAGCAAGGUCAUCAAGGUCCCCGAGGGCUUCGACUACGAGCUUUACAACCGCAACGACAUUAACCGGAUUCUCGGCCCCAAAGCCGCCUGUAUCUCCUUCAAGGACUCCGCCUGCCGCUGCUUCGGCUACAUGGUCUCCAAGAAGAAGUACAUCUUCACCAUCGACGACGAUUGCUUCGUUGCUAAAGAUCCCACUGGAAAAGAGAUCAAUGCACUAGAGCAGCACAUCAAGAACCUUCUGUGCCCGUCGACUCCAUUUUUCUUUAACACCCUGUACGACCCAUACCGUGAAGGUGCAGAUUUUGUCCGCGGUUACCCUUUCAGUCUGCGUGAAGGUGUGCCAACCGCUGUUUCUCACGGCCUCUGGCUCAACAUUCCUGAUUAUGAUGCACCUACCCAGCUUGUUAAGCCUCUUGAGAGGAACACCAGGUUUGUGGAUGCAGUCUUGACCAUCCCCAAGGGAACUCUCUUUCCCAUGUGUGGGAUGAAUCUGGCAUUCAACCGUGAGUUGAUCGGCCCUGCCAUGUACUUUGGACUCAUGGGCGAUGGGCAGCCAAUUGGGCGCUACGACGAUAUGUGGGCUGGAUGGUGCAUGAAGGUUAUUUGUGACCACUUGGGGCUAGGAGUGAAGACGGGAUUGCCCUACAUCUGGCAUAGCAAAGCCAGCAACCCAUUUGUUAACCUUAAGAAGGAAUACAAAGGAAUCUACUGGCAGGAAGAGUUGAUCCCAUUUUUCCAAUCUGCUACGCUUCCCAAGGAUUGCACCACUGUUCAGGCCUGCUACCUUGAACUCUCCAAGCAAGUCAAGGCGAAACUUGGUAAGGUUGAUGACUACUUCAACAAGCUUGCAGAUGCCAUGGUUACAUGGAUCGAAGCAUGGGAUGAGUUGAACCCGGCUGGGGGGAAAGCUGUUGAGCUCAACGGACCUGCAAAAUCUUCGAAAUAGAUUUUUGAUGCACCAUUAUCAUCUGUUUUGAUAGCCAUAGGCUCGUUCGUGAUCUGACCGUCCAUUUUGUCCAAGCUUUUGGUUUUGAGCUAGGAGUAUUUACUUGGCAGGUCGGAGAAGAUAUCUUCUUAUAUUUAUCUCAGUGCUAUAUGAGCUUAGAACAAUAAAUCAUUACGGAUUAUGUAUUUCUAUACCUUUAAAGUAUUUAGCUAUUUAUUCAUUUGAACAAUGACUUGGUGACAAUUUUGUUGUUAUGGUUGUAAUAGAUUAGUGUUCUGGGUUUGGUUUCUUUGAAA